UAAUUAACUAUAUCAUCGAUCUAUAAUUGUAAGAAACAAUUGGUCUAAUUAAUUAAUUUGGCUUUUAAGUUAUAAAGAGAGCAUCAAAAUGGGGUUUGGUAUUUUACUGAAAGCGAUAACUCUUUGGCUCGUCUUGGUACUAAGUAGUGUGGGUAAGUCUAAUGCUGGUUUUGGUUUAAGACUAGGGCUAUCCAAAGCUAGCCACAAUCGUAAAUCCCAUGAAUCUGGUCAUGCACCAAAGGGUUAUCAUGGUAAAUCCCGUCAUUUCAAAGGUCGACGUGUAGGCCAUGGAAGUAACAAGCCCCCUAGUUUUGUCCCUCCAAUAAAUACUUCAAGUCCUCCUAACCUUCCCCCAAAUAAGUAUACUUCCAGCCCUUCUAGACCCUCUGGUCUGCAAGUUGGGUUUUAUAAAGGUCUAUGCCCUAACAGACUGGUGGAUAUUGAGUCAACCCUCAUAACCAAAGUCCAACAACAAUUUCGACAGGAUCCAACUAUUCUUCCUGCCCUCCUUCGCAUGCAAUUUCACGAUUGUUUUGUUCAUGGAUGUGAUGCGUCAAUCCUUAUAAAUGGACCUUCUACCGAGAAAACAGCAGGUCCUAACCUUAGUGUAAGAGGAUAUGCACUUAUUGAUGCAUUAAAGGAUAUUGCAGAAGAACAAUGCCCAGGAGUUGUAUCUUGUGCAGACAUCAUUGCUAUUGCUACUAAACAAGUUAUCAAGAUGGGAGGUGGACCGGAUUAUUCAGUACAAACAGGCCGAAAUGAUGGAUUGGUUUCAAGAGCCCAAGAUGUGAAUCUACCAAGCCCAUUCUUGACAGUUAGUGAAAGCAUCUCAGCAUUUGAUGCAAAAAGGUUUACAACAGAGGAAAUGGUAAUUCUGUUAGGUUGUCAUACAGUUGGAAUUUCACAAUGUACAUUCUUCCAAGAUAGACUUUAUCAAGGUAAUACCCAAUUCGACCCCAAAAUGGAUCCAAUUCUACGAAAACAACUUCAACCAACAUGCCCAAAAGGAACAACAUCAAACAAUAAUUCCACCUUUCUUGAUCAAAAUCCACAGAGCUCGAAUAAGCUUGAUAAUUCUUUCUUUGUUCAAAUUCUCAACCAAAGAGGUAUUCUACCAAUCGAUCAAGCUUUGGCUCGUCAUCCUCAAACGAUUGCUUUUGUACAACAGUUUGCCCGAAGCGCAACCUUGUUUAACAAUAAAUUGGCUAGUGCCAUGGUCAAGUUACAAGCACUUGAUGUGUUGACUGGAAACCAAGGACAGAUUAGAAAGACUUGUAGUAGAAUCAAUUAAUUUGAUCUUCAUUUUUUGUACGCAUGCAUUUCUUUUAUUUUAUGUAUAACUGUUAUUAUAUUUACAAAUUGAGUACGAGGUCAUGCCCGUAGUUGUUAAGAUUGAAGACUUGUGUACAGUGAAAACGUCUCAGGUUUGAAUCCCUCUCAAAGUAUGCUAAUAUCUUCAAACUAAAACAAUCAUAUUUGAAGUGCAUACGG